AUGGCCCAAUUGCCUACAGAAAACGUGAUUCGACCCUCGUUAUCGAGAAGAAACAGUCGGCCAUCGCUAUUAUCGUCGUUGUCGUCGUUGCAUACGAAUAUCACCUGGCAUCAUGAUGUUGUGGUAGAACAGUCGCCCGCAGUGGCAAAGGCAGUGGCACAACGGCUAAGUCCAGGAUGCGAUAAUCCCAUAACAUCAGCAAUUCGCCGCGACUUCGCUGUAUCACCUGCAUCUAUCGAAUCGCCCAGGUCAAUUUCAAGCUCGAGCUUAAGCAGUCCCAUUUCAUCACUAUCAAUGCCUAUCGAUCACAGGAAUCUAUCCGCAAAAUCACCUUGCUUCGUGCAUUCACACCUAGAUAAAGGAGCAUCGCUACAGGAUUGGCUUGAAGUUCAUUCAAAGGAUAACGAGGUGCUUGGGUCAGAUGUCGGCGUCGCCAAGGCUCUUCAACAACAUAAUCGGGCCCAACACCACGUUGAGUUGCCUUGCCCUGAUGGGGGCAACCAUGCGCUCCCGGAAAAUGACGACAGCGAUACGUAUGGCGGCAACCUGACGAAACAGCUGGCAGAGACAGCAGUCGGGGUUCGCGAAAUGAGCAAGCAGCUCGGGCGUGCUCGAAUAAGAUCUAAUAUCCAAAGUGUCCUCAUCGUGACCAAGGCCAGGGACAACCGUCUUAUUAAGCUGACGCGCGAGCUUGCAUUGUAUCUUAUGCUCAAACCUCGUCAAGGGAGUCGAGGCCUUAUUGUCUAUGUAGACCAUCAACUGCGAAACUCGAGGAGGUUCGAUGCCGAAGGCAUACAGAGAGAUCAUCCAGAAUUUUUUGAGCCUAUUCCACGAAGACGGUCGUCCAGCAGCAAUUCUCUCUCUUCCCUGUCCUCAUCGUCCACUCAUCAAGAUGACUUAAACGGACACCAGGAGGGCCAACUACGAUACUGGACGAGUGAUAUGUGCAGCAAUAGUCCACAUCUGUUCGAUUUUGUCAUUACGCUUGGAGGAGAUGGCACUGUUCUGUUUACGUCAUGGCUCUUCCAGCGAAUUGUUCCUCCUGUCCUCCCUUUCGCACUCGGCUCCCUUGGCUUCCUGACUAAUUUCGACUUCGCUGACUAUCAAGCGGUUGUGGACUCAGCCAUCGACUCAGGAAUUCGUGUCAACUUGCGCAUGCGAUUUACUUGUACGGUCUACCGUGCUGUGUUCGACAAGGGAAAGUCCCGCAAGGCUGUGAAGAAGGGUGAAACGGGUGAAAUUAUGAUGAAGGAUGUCAACAAAGGAGGGUGGGAGGCACUUGAAGGAGGCUGGUCUGGCGGUUUUACAACCUCGGAGGGCGGCAAGUGCCCGAGGGAUAGGGAGAUCAUGUGCUUCACAACAAGACCAGUUGAGACGUUUGAGGUUCUCAACGAUCUCGUGGUGGACCGAGGACCUAGUCCCUAUGUCAGCUUGCUUGAGUUAUUUGGUGACGAACACCAUAUGACAACCGUGCAAGCCGAUGGGCUUUGUGUAGCCACGCCCACAGGUUCCACUGCUUAUUCAUUAUCUGCCGGAGGGUCCUUGGUUCACCCUGAGAUACCUGCAAUCCUCAUCAGUCCCAUCUGCCCUCACACGCUAUCCUUCCGUCCCAUGCUUCUUCCCGACAGCAUGGAGCUGCGCAUAUGUGUCCCAUACAAUUCUCGUAGCACCGCUUGGGUGUCUUUCGACGGCCGAGGCCGAGUGGAACUGCAACAGGGUGACCAUAUCAAAAUAACUGCUUCCAAAUACCCUUUCCCGACUGUUUGCGCGGACAAACAGUCAACUGACUGGUUCCAUGCCAUCUCACGAACCCUGAAGUGGAAUGAACGCGAGCGUCAAAAAUCGUUUGUCGUAGUCGAAGAGGGCCCAUCGCGGAAAUCUAGCACAGGGAAAACGAGGAGGCCUGAACAAAUCAAACAAGAUGAUAUGUUCGAUGAAAAUCUGGAGGACGAAGAGGAGGAUGAGACAACGUCUGACGAGGAAGAUGACAAAUUUGACAUUGACGACUCUUCGCCCGAGGCUUCGACUAGUGGACGUACUGGGACCCAAAUUCCGAACGAGCUAAAUGCCAGAGAUGCUGCAGUCGGUUUUGCAAAAGCCCGCGAGGAAGCGGGCUCCCAGACGGAUGAUGAUUUGCUCUCGACACCGGAGUUGGCUGCGCUUGCGCUCACUCAAGGACGUCGCCUCAAAUUCUCUCGCUCGGCUAAAUCACGUUCGCGGUCAAGGUCGGGUUUGCGUUCUGGUGUUGAUACUCCAGGACGGUUCGCUGGGCCCACACAUCGACCACCUCAUAUCAAUCCCCACCACAUGGACCAUCAAUUACGAACGCCCUCCCCCGCGCUCUCAAAUUCCUCGGACGACUCAUUGUCCAACAUGGACGUCGCUCAACGCGGUGCUCGGGAUGAUAUACAUUCUCGGGAGCAAUAUUCAAGUGGUCGUAGUCGCAUUCCUAGGGACAGGGAAUUUGACGACAAUCUUCAAACUCCCACUAUGGCAGAUACGCUCUCGGGACGCAGAAACCACCAUCGAGUUGAUUCGAAGGAUUACGACCAACACCAUCCUCGCGCUUUUGCUGUCUGGGGCAACGAUGAAUCCGAUAGUAAUGCAAGUGACAGCGAUCAUUAA